UGGAGUUCCAUGUGGUUCCCCACGAUAUCGUAUCUCUCGUACUUUUUUGAUUACUCCAGGUCCGUUGAUCGUUGUAAAAUAAUGGUUCGGCCAACGGUGAGAUCGUCCCUUAGAAGUCGUGAUUCUUCCUCAACGUCUACAGGACCAGACGCAAGAGAACGAAUAAAGGAUUGUUGUCGUAAGUUGGUCGCUUUUAUGUGUACUCAAGUUGGCGUAGGUGGACUAGUCGUUGGCUAUGCCAUAGUGGGUGCUUUUGGUUUCAUAAUGAUCGAGAAGCAGAACAGUAUCGUCGAUCCUGACUGUUAUCGUUAUCCGAUUCAAAGGAUGUACGCUGAAAUUCUUUGGUAUAGAACAGCAGGCGACCAAACGGUAAAUAUAUUCAACAGGACGGCUUUCUUCGUUGUAUCGAACAAUAUUCUUAGGGAACUUCAGGAAAAUUUUACCGCUGUCUAUUUGAAAAAUAGUUGUAACAUCGGUAUGACCUCGUCCGAGCAAUGGUCAUUCCCCGCAGCUCUCAUGUUUUGUCUAUCGAUAUUCACCAUGAUCGGAUAUGGAAAUUUGGUACCUAGAACUCCAUGGGGCAAAGGUGCAACGGUCAUGUAUGCCGUAUUGGGAAUUCCCUUAUAUGUUUUAUAUUUUUUAAACAUGGGAAAAAUUUUGGCACAAACGUUCAGAUGGCUCUACACAAAUUUACACGAGUGUACGGGACAGAGAAAACCUGGCCAAAGGAUAACCGUACCCUCUACCGCUUGUCUUUGGGUUAUCUUUGGAUAUGUCCUAGUUGGAUCUAUCAUGUUCGCCCAAUGGGAGGGCUGGGAUCUUCUCGACAGCACUUAUUUUUGCGUGACCUCACUCUGUAAGAUCGGUAUGGGAGAUUUUAUACCUGGAUGGACGCUCGGUGAAUCCACGGAGAGCAGUCAUACCAAAUUGGUCAUCAAUUUCGUCUAUCUUCUUCUUGGCAUGGGACUGAUCGCCAUGUGUUAUAAUCUUAUGAAAGAGGACGUUUACGUGAAAGCGAGGGAACUAAAGGAGCAGCUCGAUCACGCGAUGGACGCUGCUCAUCAUCAGAUGAUUACGUGCUGCCGAUCGAAAAGUUUAGUCUGAAUUUUUUCUCCUCCGUUCGACAAACUUUCGUGACUCUUAAGAUCGUCUUAUCAUGAAUGGAUCUUGUCUCGAAUUACAAAUCAAGAUAAUUUCUUGAUAAUACCAUGUCAUUUUUUAACAUUUCUUCUUCUUUUUUCUUUUCUUUAUUUUUUCUUUUUUUUUUUUUUCUUUUUACUUUUUACUUUUCUGUCCUUUAACCGACAUGAGAAUUUUCUCAUGUAUUCGAAUUAUCUAUAUUUAUCAAUACUAAGUUGAACUCUAUUUUGCUAAUACCUUGCUGAACUAUCUCGACGAUACUGUCGACGUUAAAAUGAAUUUAUCGUCAUUGAAAAGUCAUUGGCAUGCAUUAGAGAAAGCACAUGGUACACGUGGGAAGGAAAAUAUACAUACCUGGUAAUCGCGCUUCUUUGACAAUAAAUUAUAUACCACAUUCCAUGCUAAAUAUUUAUAUACGUUUGCGAAAUAUUUUAACGGUUUCUUUCAAAGGAGAGAGAAAGAAAAAAAAAUACAACUCUUAAAACGUAAAAAGCUAUGACUCACACCGACUACGUUUAUAGAUUUAUGAGAAUAAUUUAAACACUUGACAACGUUAUACGAAAAUAAU